GCCAGCGAGCUGCGACUGCGCGGGCCGUGGCCUCUCCCCACAAAGAGGGAAGCGGCGGUCUUUCUCGGUUCCAGCCCCAGAGCCUUCCCUAAGGCGGCUGAGGAAACGGCGUCCCAAGGGCCCGGAACGCUGAGCUUCCCAAAGUACUUAUUUCCAAGAGGAUACGUAUAUCUAUGUAAAAGAAAACAUGUGCAACGCUUUAACGUGUUCACUUCCACGACUAACAAGUGAGGUCAGUCCCCAUCCCCCAUUUUACAGAUAGGAAGAUUAACCCUCCAACAUUCCUCAGAAAAUAGGGACAUUCUACUGAUGUAGAGUAUAGUGUCCCUGUUUUCUGAGGAUUGGAGUCCAGAGACCCAACACUUAUGUGGUGCACCACUACAGUAGGAUAUAAACCAACCCACAAAUCGGGGGCUUUGCAUUUUGGCUCUCUCCAGCUGCUUUUCAUGAGAAUCUGCUAGAGUGGAAAUUUCCGUUCCAAUUCCAGGUUGUAGUUUCCCCAAUUCUGAGGAACAGAAAGUAGCUGGAGCCAUAGCAUAGGUUGCUAUGUCAAGAGAGGAGGGCAAACCUGAGUCUGAUACUUCUUAAUAGAUUUCCUUGAGUAUAGGCCAGGCUGCUGCUUCACAGAUUACAAAAUUAGCACAUGGGAGGCAUUUAUUUGUUUAGCCGUUUAUGUGCACAUGUGACAUUUAUACCUUUUUCAUUCUCUGUAUUCACUAGAUUGAAGAGCUAUGAUGUAUGCAGCAUGGAAAAAAACACCCAAAUUUGUGAUCCUUUGAUCUACAUGUGCCUAUAGAUAACUGCCUUCCAUUUGGAAAUGUGUGAACCUGGCAUAGGAGGGCUUUUCCAAGUCCAGUUGAAAUAUAUAAGCCCCAGAUUCAAUGUGAAGUCAAUGACGCAGUAGCAACCAGCCUGAGGUAAGGGUGCUGUUCUCGGACAGAAGGAUGUCGGACCUCACUCUUUCUGAAGAGCUCCUUGAUGUGAGCCAAGCUGCGGCUGAAUUGCCAGGUGCCUUUGAUUUAUCCCUGAACGAUGAUGCCAGCUCCCUGGGCUCCGACUCCGAGCUGAAUGGGAUGCCUCCAUAUCGCCAAGCUGAUCGCUAUGGCUUCAUCGGGGGCAGCAGCCUCCAGAAUGGCCUAGGGCAGCUCACAGUUGAGCUCAUCCGGCACCGUGAGACCAAGUGGCUGGAGAUGACAAAUCAUUGGGAGAAAUCCAUGGCCCGACGUUACAGGAAGGUAAAGCUGCUAUGCCGGAAAGGGAUCCCUUCAUCCUUACGUGUCCGCUGUUGGCCUCUGCUGUGUGGAGGACAAGCCAAAAUGACGAGGAACCCCGGAAAGUACCAGGAGCUGCAGGAGAUACCCGGUGAUCCUCAAUGGGUGGAGACCAUCAAAAAGGACAUUCAUCGCCAGUUCCCUUUCCAUGAGAUGUUUCUGUCCCCUGAAGGGCCUGGGCAGCAAGGGCUCCUGCAACUGCUGAAAGCCUACACUGUGUAUCGGCCCCAGGAGGGUUACUGUCAGGCCCAGGGACCGCUGGGUGCUCUGCUGCUCAUGCACAUGCCUCCAGAGCAAGCCUUCUGGUGCCUGGUACAGAUCUGCGACUGCUACCUGCCUGGCUACUACAGCCCCAAGAUGGAAGCGCUGUUGCUGGACAGCGAAGUGUUUGUUGCCCUUCUGCGCCGGGUGUGCCCCAAGGCACUUAAGCACUUGCAGAAGCAUGGCGUGGGCCCUCUGCUUUACAUACCAGAGUGGUUUCUGUGCCUCUUUACCCGCACUCUGCCCUUCCCCACAGUGCUGAGGGUGUGGGAUGCCUUUCUCAGUGAGGGGAUCAAGGUGCUGUUUCGUGUGGGGGUGCUGUUGAUCCGCUUGGCCCUGGGCUCCUCAGAGAAACUACGUGACUGUGCAGGGGUGGUGGAGACCCUGGAGAAGCUGCGCAGUAUCCCAGCUCACCACCUGCAAGAAGACACAUUCAUGGCUGAGGUACAUGACGUGCCCAUCUCAGACCGUGAUCUGGAACGUGAAUGCAGAGCCCAACUGAAGAAGCUGCGAGCAUCUCGGCCUGACUUCCAUUACAGCCCAGAACUUCGGCUGUCUGGCUCAAAGGCCAUCUUUGAUGCACAGCAGCUGGAGUACACACAGAACGACGAGGAGGAUCCUGGAAGCCGCACCCAUACAUUUACCAUCCCCCAGAUCACGGUUGAUCCACCCCCUUCAUCCCCCAAUGAGAAGAAGAAGCUGGAGAAGGCCUCUGAAGCACCAGGCCAGGAAAAAAGGAAGGUGAGAAAGAAGCCGGACACACGAGGGAAGACCUUUCACUUCAUGCCACAGUCCACCAGCAGAACAGAGGGAAGGCUGAAGCCAGACGUUGAAGGAAGGAAGUCUUCCUUCUAUGUAGAUACAUGAUUCUGAACGUGGAUCUGAAGAGGUUCUGAACAGAACUAGGCUUCUGCAGAGGAAACAAAAUUCAAGCCUCUAUCACUGCCCUGGUUUCAUUGUGCAUGUGAUCAUCUGUAGCACAUGAUGCCUUGAAGCCUGUGCUCAGUUUUUAAAAAGAAAAAAAAGUGAUGGUGGGGACUCAACACUUCCUCAUUCAGGAGCCCUGCUCCUUAAGCUCUGAUGUGUGGCAGUGCAUGCAUUAUAGCAGGGAGGGAGAUUCCAUCCUUCCUACCCUUGGCGGCAGACGUUUUACCUACAGAUUUAGGAGGUGGGUAUUAUUUGGCUAAAAGGGGUAGGGGUUAGGGUUAGGGUAAUGUGGAUUUCAUUUAGGGGGGCCCCUCUACCUUUCUCCUAUUAAUUAGUGGAUGUGUGGAAACUGGCACUCACAUAAAUCUAUGCCAGGUGAGACAACGGCACCUCAUCAGUUCAGACCUCAAAAUGAUUGCAAAGCCCCUGUGCGACAAGAGGGUGUCAAAAGUCAAUGGAAAACAGCAGCUGGGAAAACCAGGAUUGCUGGAAACAAGAGCCAGGAAUGCCAGCUAUGGAAAUGGUUUGGGACAAUCAUCAUCUGCAUUCUCAGGAACUGAGUGAGCAAAUGGUGUUACUAUCAGAGAAAAGGCCUGGUGUGGAAAUGCAUUUACCCACAUGUGUGUCAUUCAGACUCAUGCAGCCAGGUGGCCCCUGUUGCCAGUCAAGAGAAGAAGAGGAAGGUGGCAGUGUUAUAACUAAAAUAACACACAAUAUGUUUCCCCCAAUCCUUAGUUUCUCAUGCUAAUAAGAUACACAUCACUGCACACAAGGAUUUCCCCACUCAAGCAGUAGGCAUAAGAGCUAGUGAGGAGGGGAGGAUCUGGAAAACAGCGUCAUGUUUUAUCAAGGUUGGCUCACAUCCAGAAUGUAGCUUUAAUAGACUAUCUUGUUUUGUUUUUAAAAAAUAUGUAGCCCCCAACAGUGUGGCAAAAAUUAUUUUAGUUCCUCCUGUGAGCAGUAGUACACACAUGCCCGAUUAAUGACACCACAGGGGAGAAACUUGCCACCCCACCCGCACCCCAGAUAAACGUUAUCGUCCUUGCUAGUGGUAACUAGUUUAGUCCCUUGUCAGAUUAUGUGGAGAGAGACAGCAGAGCACCUACAGGGAUGUCUUCUCAGCUAAUCCCCUCCUCAGCCUGGCCUGACACCUGCACCUGUUCGGCUCCCCCCCCCCAGCAUUAGUGCUCAAACAGGAUUAAGUCCACCCUGCAAAUUGCACGAGGUUUGGAAGUCUCUCCCUAUUACAAGGCAUAGGCCUGAGAGUAGCUGGAUAUACUGAGGGAGCCACAGAUGUGAUCUGGUCCCAGGCCAUUAUGAGGAAAGGUUACAACAUUGAUGUCUUUUUGACAUUUCAAGUCAAAACGGAAGCUGGCCAGCUUGUGUGAGUCUACGCUUUUUAUGAGUCCUCCUAACUCCUAAUUAUGGUCAAGCUAUGGGGUGGGGCCAAUUUAGAUUUCUUGGUCUUCAAUCUGUCUCCCGUGUAGCGGUGGCAGGCUGUAAGCCUUCCAGCCAGGCCUCUUCCAUUGUGCACACAUGCGUUUGUGCGUGGGUCCUUCCGAGUUGCCCUAGUCAUCCUCCUGAAUCUUAAGAAAAUGAGGGAGGUGGGGGCACAUUUAUUUGGCCUGCACCAGAACCAGGAACCCAAACCAGCUAGGGGACAGCUUGCCAUAGUUUUUAGCACCUCUGUGGGCCCUGAAUGCAGCUGUUGUCAAACCAACAUCUGUUCAGGGCUGCUCAGGGUCACCUGGCAACUUACUGUAACAACUUCAUGGUGGGUUCCAGCACCUAUUUUUAUUGAAAAAAGCACUGAGCAAGACCUUUUGGGGUUUUAAUGCCGUGAGCCCCUCCAUCUUAGGCUGAGGUUGUAUAUAUGUGUAAAUAAACCAUACUAUAUAUCAUUGAGACACCACAGUCUCCACUGUCCCCCAUUCCAAGGAAACUGAACCCGGGGCCUGGACCCCCUGAAAUCUCACACCACUCGCAGGGUGGAGUGGGGGUGCAAUAAUACAACUGCUGGGGCCUAGGAGCAUAAGGCCAAAAGCAAAGCACAGGUGCAGAUUCCAGCAGGGAUAACUGGAAACGGAUGUGGCAGUAAUUAUAAGGGGAGAGGCCAAUCAGGAACUAGCUCAGAACCAGCUGACUUGUUUAGCGGAAUGAGCAGGAAUGGUUGGCAGAGCACGUUACAUGGAAUGAAUGUAGAGAUAGUGAAACUUGGCUCAUUAUUUUACACCGAGUGACAAAACCCAGAGGGGUAAAAGCCGAGUUGGUCUGUUGCAGCAAAAACAACAGUGACAAAACUUGCUAAUUGCCCAGCCAGGGACAUAUGCAAGUUAUUAAGAUGGGAAUAUAUAAAUCGACCACAAGGUGUCUGUGUUGUGUAGAAAUAGAGCAAGUUGUGGUUUAAUUGGGCAGGGAUCUGUUUGAUUUGAGUCUGUAGCUCUUUACCUUACAAGGACUUUCUGCACUUUGCUGUGAUCUCUAUCCGCUCCCCUCCAUUCUCAGUGGCGAUGGCAUUGUGUUGCCAAAGGAGAAGUAGAUAAUUAGGAUCCCAACUUGUGGCUCCCACUGUUGCCUAUUGAGGGACCCAUUUCAGCUGUGAGACAAACAGGUUUCAGGUUACAUACAAGGAAUGCUCCUUUGAGCAGUGAAGCAGAUCGUGGAUUGACAUGUGCAGAACUUUUUGCAUGUUUACAGACGCCCUGUAAUAAUGCAGCUGACAGCAUCUUAAACCAUUUUUUAAAUUUUACUAUUUAUUUUUUGGUGGAAGGGAGAGAAUAACCACCUGGUUGUCUGGAGUUCUACUCCACUAUCUGUAUAAGCUGAUAAGAAGCAAAAUCCUUUACCUAGAAUACUGACUCUAGUUCAGCUUACGCUUCUUCUAAGUUGUCCAUCCUGACUUCUCAGGAAUCCCAGAACUCUAUGGAAUACAGAAUGAAAACUGCCACUGUAGUCUUAGUUGAACAGAUGGAAAAAGAGAGCCUUUUCACCCCACUGCAGUUUUGGGAGGUGGUGUGCUUUUUUUCUCCCCAGGGGAAGGGUCGCAACACACAGGCCCAACCACAGAUUUAUAGACGCCCUCAGCAAAGUGGGGCCCCUUCUCAGUCAGAGCUCCCCACCCCAACCAUGGGAUUACCUGGCAGCGGCAGCAGUGGGCAGCCAUUUAAAUUCCCCACCCACCCCAAAAAAUACAGCAUUGCCCCAGGGCAUUGUGGGAAAUUAAAAUGGUCACAAGUAAGCCAAUAGCCAGAUGCCCAGGGUGGGGGAAAAGGAUUGGUGAAAUGUGCCAGGAUGGCAGCUGCAUGAAGGUGCUGGGUGCUGUCAGUAGACCUGCAUAUGCACAACACAGCCACCCAGUAGAGAUGUUUUUUUGAAAACUCUGGAAAUACAGGUGUGUUUUAUUUAUUAUGUUACAUUUAUGCUAGAUGCAGAAAACUUCAGGAGAGUGCUGCUGCACUCAAUUCCUGCUUGUAGGCUUCUCAUAAACAUCUGGCCGCCAGCCACUGUAACAACAGGACGUUUGAUUAGAGGGGCCAUUAGCCUGACCCAGAAGGGCUCCUCUUAUGUUCUAAUGGCCUGUGAUUUCUCCAGGGAUCUCAGGGCAACGUACAGGAUUUCACACACUCCUUCACACAUACUAAACAUAUCCUUAUAAGAGCCCUAUGAUGUAGGCUAGACUGAGGAAGAGCUGCUGGCCCAAGGUCAACCAGUGAGAUUUGUGGUAGAGUGGGGAUCUGAACUUGGGAAUCUCUAGCCCCACUGUCUAACCACUGCACCGCUCUUGAUGAUGAAAGCAAUACUUUCAUUGUCCCUAGUCACAUGCCGAAUUUCAAGGGAUGGUGUGGCUAUGUAACCUCCGAACUGGUAUAAGUAGGGAGUCAGGUGUCCUCAGAGUGGGCUGACUCAGCUGCUCUUCCCAACUGUCACAAAUGCCCUGUGCAACCUUGGGGAGGUCAUGUUCAUGUCAACGAGCAUCAGGUUAGAGCUUCGUCUGUUGAGUAGGGAUAAUCCCUUGCCUAAACACCAGCUUGAAAUGCUCUGCCACUCUGAUGAGAGAUGCUACACUUGAGCAAUGAUGGGGGUCUUUUGGGACAUUUUUUAAAAUUGGAAAGCAUUCCGUAACAUGUUGCAACGACAUAAAUAAAGCGGGAUCUGAUUUAGCAUCCUUACUUGACUUAGUAACCGAAACAUUGGAAAGUGCAGCCAUGUUAAUUUUACAUGCCUAUUCGUUUGUUUGAAAAUGUAUAAUAUGCUCUUUCAUAAAAUAUAACAAGGCGCUUACACCUGAAACACGAUAAGAUCAGUCUAUAUGUAUCUAUAAAGCUUAGCUUAAAACAUCAGCAAAACAUCCGUAGAUUCCAGUUUCAAGAAAAAAUAAUACAUUCAUACCUCAUGUUACGGACACUUCAGAUUACGUGUUUUCAGGUUGUGGACCGUGGGAAACCCAGAAGUACGGGAACGGGUUACUUCUGAUUUCACUGCUCGCACAUCUGCAGAAGCGCCAAAUUGCGCUUUGCACAUGCGCAGAAGCGCAAAAUUGCGCCAGCGCCUACGCAGAUGUGGAGCUUCAGGAUGCGAAUGCUGCGGGUUGUGGACGUGCCUCCAUCACGGAUCACAUCCACAACCUAAGGUUCCACUGUAUUGUGAAGGUUGUCUAAACGGCGUCGUUUUCAGGAGACACCUGAAAGAAGGCAGGGAACCUCCACUGGUAUGAAAUUCCACAGGGCAAGGCCUAGUACACUAAAGACUCAGUCCCUAGUGAAGGCCAACCGAAACUCAGGUGAGUAGGGAGCCACCAGAAGUUUCCCAUCAGAAAGACACUGACCAGCUGCUGACCAGCAGCAGUGAUCAAGAUGCUCCCAGGAUGCCAUGUUUUCACCCUCUCCCUUGGGCUAAAUGCAUAUAGAAUUCUAGCAAACAGUGAUAUUUCCCAGAUCGAGCAUGGAUUGUGAAAUACUAUUUCAACUGAGAACAUUCAAGUGCCUGUAAGUUGUUUUGGGCUAGCUACGUUAGAUGCGCACUGCCCCAUCUUGUCACCCCCUAGAGUGGCACCUUGGGCGGCCCGCCCCCUCCGCCCCCCACUUCGUAUGCUCCUGCCAUGGAGAUACAUAUUAUGUAUUGCCUUACACUUGCUUACAUUGAAUAGCAUUUGCUAAUUGACCAUUCACUUGACGAAGUCCUUCUGGAGUUCCUCACAAUCCUUUUUGUUGUUGUUUCAACCAUCAGCAGCAAACUUCGCCACCUCGCUGCUCUCCAGUAGCUCUAAAUAAUUUAUGGACAGGGUUUUGCUUUUUUAUCUCUCAUUCUGCAAGGGCUUGAGUCUUUCUUCUUUUUCUUUUAAGGAAGCCCACAGUCUGGAACUUCUGGCUAGCAGGAUUGCUUAUAUGUAGUUCCCUCUUGAUCAGCCGAUUGCCUCAGAGCAACACAUGCUGGUAGCCACUUUCACAAUAAGGACUUCAGAGUUGCCAGAAAUCAGGGCUCCUGAGUUCUUUUCCCCAUCUCAAGGAGUGGUCUGUUGUCAGAACAUGCAAUGAUCUGUGGUUUUGGCAUCACUGGACCUGGCUCCCUCAGCCAUGCCCUCCCUUAAUCUAGAAGAGGUGUGUGUGUGUGCAAACUGAGACUUACCUCAUGCUACCUCUGACCUUCUUGGGUGCUCUUUGCAAAGUGAGAAAGGCAUUGCUGUUUCAGCAGUGGUUGGUUGGUUGUUUUUUUACAGUGGUUUUACUGCCCCAUUUGCAACGAGUUUUUGCAGGGACACAAACACUUUCUCCCAAUGUUUUUUUAAUUAUUAUUUAUUUCAGGAGUGUCACAUUUUCCUAUCACAUGUGCUUUCUCUGUGUAAUCUGCCUUAUGAAAUGUGACAGUACUAGCGCCCAGAGCCCUAAAUGGCUUGGGACACAAGUACCUAAAAGAGUGCCUUUCUUACUAUGAACCAUCUUGGACCCUACGAUUGGCAGGUGAGGCCUGGCUGGUGGUGCUGUGACUGUGGAAUGCCUGCCUGGCGUUGACCCGUCACUGGGCCUGCCUCUCUUAUUGUAUCUGCCUCCUUUAUUAUUGCUUUUUAGGAGGAAGUUUAAAGCAUUGUUCCUGGCAACCUUGAAAUCAUUGGUUGAAAUGUUUUUAGAAUAUUUUAUCACUGUUUUUAUUACUUAUAGGUUUGCUACCCUGAGCUCCUUUGGAAAGAAGGGCAGGAUAAAUAUUGGUUAAGUGCUCAGUGCUGAAUUCAUGUAGCCUGUAAAAUUAAAAGACAAAACUGUCAGUCAUCACUAGCAAGUCUUCCUCAGCCUCUACCCACUUCCCUGUAUCAAUGUCCUGCUAUUUUGUGAAGCUUUCUAUCUUUGGCUGCCUGCCGCCCCUCUCCAGCACUAUGUAUCUUGCUUGUGAAAGGGAGGAGAAAAUAACAAGCAGGCCGUUUCCGCCACAGCAUAGCUCUCUCUUCUGCAUCAAGUCUUCCCCACCCACACAUCAUGGUAUGAAAUUGAUGGGGCAGGAUUGGAGUGCAAACACCAGGGAAACUGCAGCCUGCAGUGAGUUUGCAUUUACCCCUUUCCACCCUUCAGGUACUUAUCUGGAGUUGUUUCCACAGAGGUGUGACCUAAAGGCCUCUCAGCUGGUGAAUCAUUGUUUACUUGAGGGAUCUCUGCUGGCCCUGUGCUUGGUGCACUUCAAUGAGAAGAACCAUCUGCUUAGGAUUCUUUACAGAUAUUUCUUCUGCCUCAAGCAUUUAUGAGCACGGCCGUUCCUACCAUUAGGCAGAGUGAGGCGUCUGCCUCAGGCAACAG